GCAGCUGCCAUCGGAUGGGGCCCUUGCUUAGUCAGCCGACCUGACAAGCUUCUCGACAGAUAAUGACAUGGGGCACAGCAAGCAGCAGCCUGGCUCUAACAGGCUAGACAGUCGUUGGCAUCUCGGCUCUGGGGCGAUAUCUGGACAUAACUAGUCGAGCUGCGGUGAAUCGACUUCAGAGGCACCAAACCCCUGGUGGUGUCACAUUUGGUGACGCUUCACAAGCACCUCUUGUUCGCACGGCCUACCGGCGCUUCACACCCAUCUCGUGUCAUCUGAUUAGAAGCAACUGACGACCAAAGCUUCUUCAGGCCCAGCGCCUGUCCGUUGUUGAGCUGAAGCAUGGACGCCUAAAAACACCUCAGUAGUCUUCUAGACUCGCCAUGAAGUUCGCACUCCAUUUUUGGGGUCUUUUCUGUUGUCUGUAUGCACUAAGUAAGAAUAUCUAUGCAAGGCCCGAUACAGUGAGCGUUGGAGCUCUUUUCACAUUCAAUUCCACGAUAGGGAGAGCUGCCAAGAUUGCCAUUUCUGCUGCUGUCAAUGAGAUCAACACCGAUUCAAGCAUCCUUCCAGGCACAAACCUGGUUGUCGAGAUGCAAGAUUCCAAUUGCAGUGGCUUCGUUGGCAUUGUGCAAGCAUUGCAAUUCAUGGAGAAAGAUACAGUUGCAAUCAUCGGCCCACAAUCUUCUGUCAUCGCGCAUGUUAUUUCUCAUGUUGCAAAUGAACUUCAAGUGCCUAUGCUGUCCUUCGGUGCAACUGAUCCAACUCUCACGUCACUUCAGUUUCCUUUCUUGGUGAGGACAACCCGUAGUGAUCAUUUUCAAAUGGCUGCUGUUGCUGACUUAGUCGACUACUAUGGGUGGAAGCAAGUGACAGCUAUAUAUAUCGAUGAUGAUUAUGGAAGAAACGGCAUGGCCUCUUUAGGUGAUGAACUUGUCAAGAGGCGGGCUAAGAUCUCGUUUAAAGCUGCAGUUAGGCCAGGAGCAAAAAAGAGUGAAAUGGCUAGUGCGCUAGUCAGGGUUGCAUUGAUGGAAUCUCGAGUGGUAGUUCUGCAUGCAAAUCCUGACUCUGGGCUUGCACUUCUCUCGCUGGCACGCAAUCUCGGCAUGACAUCAAGCGGGUAUGUGUGGAUUGCAACAGAUUGGCUCAGUUCAUUCCUGGAUUCAUCGCCACGUCUCGACAUCGGAUUACUGAGCACAAUGCAGGGUUUUCUCACAUUACGCCAGCACACAGAAAAUACAAGAAGGAAGAGUAUGCUAGCUUCAAAAUGGAGUGCACUGGUGAAGAAAGAUACUGUUGACGACAAGUUCUUGAUUAAUUCGUAUGGCUUUUAUGCGUAUGAUUCUGUCUGGAUCCUUGCUUAUGCGCUGGAUGCAUAUUUCAGUAGAGGUGGAAACAUUUCUUUCUCAAAUGACACCAAGCUACAUGAAGUUGGGGCAGGGGGUCUGCAAUUGAAAGCUAUGACUGUCUUUGAUGGGGGGAGGCUGUUACUAGAAAGAAUCCAGCAAGUGAAUUUCACGGGUGCAACUGGCCCUGUAAAAUUUGAUACAGAUGGUAAUCUUAUCCGUCCUGCGUACGACAUCGUUAACAUAGUAGGAUCUGGUCUGCGGACAGUUGGUUACUGGUCCAACUAUUCUGGCCUGUCCACCUCGUUGCCUGAGACUCUUUACAUGAAACCAGCAAAACGUGUUAGGGGAGAUCAGAAACUCCACACUGUGAUAUGGCCAGGUGAGACUACAGUAAGGCCACGUGGAUGGGUGUUUCCCAACAAUGGAAUUGAGCUGAAAAUUGGAGUUCCCAAUAGGGCAAGUUACCGUCAAUUUGUGUCAGUUGACAAUAACAGCGGAACGGUGCGUGGUUUCUGUAUUGAUGUGUUUGUUGCUGCAGCCAACUUGUUACAGUAUCCAGUUCCAUUUAAGUUUGUUCCGUUUGGGGAUGGUAGUCAGAAUCCAAGCUAUCCAGACCUUAUCAACAAUAUUCUAACGAAUGACUUCGAUGCUGUGGUAGGUGAUAUAGCUAUCGUCACAAAUCGGACAAGGGUUGUUGACUUCACUCAGCCAUACGUUGAAUCGGGGCUUGUGGUACUUACCUCUGUUAAGAAGCAAAGCUCGAGUGGAUGGGCCUUUUUGCAGCCAUUCACCAUCAAAAUGUGGUGCAUCACAGGGCUGUUCUUUCUUGUCAUAGGAACGGUGAUUUGGCUGCUUGAGCACAGAAUCAAUGAUGAGUUCCGCGGGCCUCCAGCGAAACAGGUUAUCACUGUAUUCUGGUUCAGUUUCUCAACUCUGUUCUUCGCGCACAGAGAGGACACGAGAAGCACCCUCGGCCGCUUCGUGAUCAUCAUAUGGCUCUUCGUGGUUCUGAUCAUCCAGUCCAGCUACACUGCCAGCUUGACCUCCAUACUCACCGUGCAGCAGCUCAUAUCUCCAAUCACAGGGAUCGAUAGCUUGGUCGCCAGCGACGAGCCCAUCGGGUUUCAAGUCGGCUCCUUUGCGGAAAGUUACCUCGUGAACGAGCUCGGUGUCUCGAGACACAGGCUUAAAUCCCUCGGUACUCCGGACGAGUAUAAGCAAGCGCUUGAGCUUGGCCCUGCCAAUGGAGGCGUCGCUGGCAUCGUUGACGAGCGUCCCUAUGUUGAGAUCUUCUUGCUCCUGCAUCCCAAAUUCGCAGUCGUGGGCUCGGAGUUCACCAAAAGUGGCUGGGGCUUCGUGAGUUUUUAUUUCUUUCCACCUGGUGAAAGCGUUCCCGAGGGACUCGCCGCUGGCGGUGGACCUGUCGACGUCCAUCCUGGAGCUGUCGGAGAACGGCGACCUCCAGCGGAUCCACGACAAGUGGCUGGCGAACGACGUGGCGGGGUCCAUGUCGCAGAACAACGAGCUGGAGUCGGACCGGCUGCAGGUGUACAGCUUCUCAGGGCUGUUCCUCAUCUGUGGCGUGGCGUGCCUCAUCGCCCUCGCCAUACACGCCGGCAUCCUCUUCCACAAGUACUGUGAGCAACGGCGGCAGGUGUCGGCCGACGGCAGCUCCCGCUCCAGCCGCAGCAGUUUCCGCGCGUUCCUGUCGUUCGCCGACCGACGGGAGAUGGACGCCCAUAUAGCGUCCAAGGACAAGGCGGCCGGAGACCACUCCAUUAGCGCGGCGUCGAGUAGCAGCGUCAGCACUGCCACGUCGUGCUAGAGGGAGGGGCGGACGGACGGCUGCCGGUUAGCUUUCAACGUAGCAAGUGCGACAUAUAGCAGUAACCCCCCAACGUAAGUACUGUACUACUUAAUUAGCGCUGUGCUGCAAAUGUUCUCUCGUGCUGCAGAAUUGUAGAGAUGCGUAAGCUGUUGUGCACAUGGAGCAACUUGAGUACACGUUCCCGAGGAACUUGCUCUUGUAACUUCUGCUGCGUCCUGGCGCUUCCUACGUCGCUGAUAUAGCUAUUUGCUUUUGGUUUGUGUCUUGUA